AUGAAGAGAGAGACUUUCAUGACUUUGGUCACCAACGAAGAGUACUGUAUCGGAGCAUUGGUGCUAGCAGUUUCAUUACGACAAGUGCAAACACAGAAAGAGCUAUCCGUCCUGGUAACUUCCGAAGUACCUGGCAGCAUGAGAAAUUUAUUGCUGAAACAUUACGAUAACGUGAUCGAAGUUAAUGCUAUUUACAAUACCGACAAAGAGAGCCUAAAUAUGUUAUCCCGAAAGGAGCUCACAAUUUCUUUCACAAAGAUACAUUGCUGGUCAAUGGUACAGUUUGAAAAAAUUGUCUUUUUGGAUGCAGAUACACUGGUCCUUCAUAAUAUCGAUGAAUUAUUCGAACGAGAAGAGCUGAGCGCCGUACCUGAUCCCAACUGGCCGGACUGCUUUAACGCUGGUGUUUUUGUACUAGAACCGUGUAUGGACACAUUCAACGGUUUACUACGUGUAGCAUCAUGCACUGGCAGUUUUGACGGUCGCGAUCAAGGUUUAUUGAACACGUAUUUUACUGACUGGUUGACGAAAGGCAUCUCGCAUCGUUUGGCCUAUAUAUACAACUGUAUUUGCCAAAUCCACGACGAGUUUGGUUUUGACUUCUACACCAGCACUGCCGCCUGGGUACAGUUUGGUGGGACCAUACGUGUUGCUCAUUUUUCCGGUCCCAUCAAACCGUGGCACCGUGUUUCAAGCGCCAAAAGCUGUAGCCGUGAAGCUUGUCUGGCUCUGCUUGAUGCACGAUCAGAACGUCGAAUGGUCAACCGAACGGCAGGCAUGCUAGCCUACUGGUGGUCUCUGUUUCUCAUCCUUGUUCGACCGGAUCUGACACCGGAUAUGACGAAUAUCUUCGCACCUUAUCAUCCGUCUUUUGUCGAAUCUUACACAAACGCACAAAGACCUCCCAGCCCAGGUUCGCUUGGUCCGUAUCAUCCAGAAUUUCACGAAACGCGUUGGGACUACCUGCACCAAGGGCAGCGGACGGACGAAGCAAACAGAUUUCCCGAACAGCAUUAUGUUCACCCAGUGACUCCUCCACCGCCACCGACUUCAAUACGAAUUAGCCGAACUGCACCGACAGGAGGCUCGUCCCCUCAACAAAAACCACCGCCACCACCACGGCCACAACCACGACCACCACCACCACCUCCUCCACCACCACCAGCAUAUCCUUCACAAAAUCAUUCGGGACGAGGUUAUCAAAAUAUAGUAUUUGCACCACCCCCACAAAUCCCACCACCACCACCGCCACCACCACCGCCACCACCACCUCAGCGAGUUCCAUCACCAGUUAUACUGCAUGAUCAAUACGACCAAAACUACUCGACACAAAAUCUUUCAAUUGCAUCAGAAGUAACCCCUCCAGCUACGGUGGCAAAUGAUUCAGACCAGCAGCAUACUAGAACACAAGAGGUUAAUGGGUUUUGGCAGCCCGAACCAAUAAGGAUACAACCAGUUCCACCAUCCAAUUGGACACCACCGCAACCAGUUGCUCCACCACUCCAGCCAAAAUACUGUUUUGACUGCCAGAACUGUAAGCGCGAGUUGGCCAAAACGGACGAAACGGAUAAUCGAGUGAAUAGGCCUCAAAAACAUGAAGCAGACAAACUGUCUGUUGUGAAAAAGACGACCACUAAACCUAAACGAUCAAUUAGACCCGUGAGCCGAAAGUCACACAGUGGAACACAUGCUGAAAAGGUUCCACCCCCAAGACUAAUCGAUUUUAGGGGUAGGCUUAAAGUGCAGCCGUCUGAAGGUAGCGUUAAAAGUGUGCCCCAACCAACUACUAAACAAACCACAGUUACUCCUCGAUCUGCUUUUCAUCCAGUCAGACCGAAAGCUAGGACCUUAACAACUGAAAGCACCACAAUUUCCCAUUUGAAAGACACAAAAGCUCAAAUAGCUUCAAGCCACUCGGCAUCACUUCUGCUAAGUGUUACCCAGUCGGAAGAAAGUAAAUCCGGCUUCAAUCGAAAGCAGUCUCGAAGUGUUGAAGAUGUGAAUGCUGGUCGAACCGAACUGGAGCUGGAUAACGUGGAGUCAGAUUCACUGGAAAGUGCCGUAAAACAAGCUAAAUUAUUACGAAGUUCAACCGGUAGAAAUUCUUCAGUUAUUGCAAAUGAAGAAAAAUCGGUAAUUCGUUCACCAAGCCACGAGUUACUCACGGCUACUGCUGUCCGUCGAACACAACGACUGGCCGGAAUCCAACUGAAAACAACAUCGGAUUUCAUUCAAGGAAAUUUAAAGCGAAGUCCGUCUGUGAAAAAAACAGAUGUUGCGCCAACAUCAGAGGAAACCAAAAGUGUGGAGCAUAAAGCAAACACAAAAUACCCACCAGAAUUAUUGAGCAACGCCGUUGUGCAGAAGCAAAAGCAGCGAACCUGGGCGGAUAUGCGUAAAGUUAGAGAAAAACUUAGGGAGAAAGGGUUUGACAGAGAGGUACACGAAGCUAACUGGGAGAAUAAAGAAGAAAUUGACGAAAUGCGUCGCAUACUGCUUUCUAGCCGACCAAAAGUUCAGCCUGGCGUUGCCGGUCAUUUAGGAAGAACCGAUUUUGGGAACAAGCUAUGCGCACGGCACGAACGAAUGGAAACGGAACGAAUGUACGCUUGGGAGAGAGGCGAAAUUGACUAUACCGGUACGGAUCGGUUUGCAAAUAUUCUCGCCAAACUUUGUGAUACCAUGACCCGAGUGGGUGGUGAAGGCAAUCGACCCAUCGGUCUGGAUGUCUAA